GGACAGGAUACCUUAUUGCUUUAUAUUGAUAUUGCAAGGAAUCUGGGUGCUCGGGUUGUCAAGAGAAUUGGGCCACAGUGUACGCAUGUUGUCUAUAUGUCUGGUCAUGAGAAGACUGUGAAGCAGUAUUUGUUCCUCAUAUAUAUUAGACUGAAAGUGAUCGGAGCAUCUGGGCUCAGAGACUGCAAACAAGUGGCUGCGCAUCUAGACGAGGAGCAUUAUCUGGUCAACCUGGAG